UCAGCCUCACCGCACUAUGCGGAGGGUUUACACUUUGAAGUCUCCCUCCACUCAUUCAUUAAGUUGUCUCUGCAAACUCUGUUGAGCAGCCUGCGUGGCAGCGCAGCACACACACACACACACACACACACCCACACACCCACACACAGCGAGAGAGAGAGAGAGAGAGAGAGAGCGAGAGAGAGAGACUCGAGGGAGGGGGUCUGUCUGUCGGUGUGCGGAGUUGCACAACAACACGGAGGAUCACUGUAACUGUAACUCGUGGAAACUGUUCAAAGAUUUCAAAUAAGCAGGACGUUUGUGACCCCUCUUCAGCAGUGGGCGGGUGUGAUGCCACCAUGGAAGCACAGAACAACAACCAGCCCAACUUAGACAACCACAACAAUCUGUACAAGAUAACUGGUCAGGAGGAUCAGAAAAACAUGCCCAGCUGUAAGUACUGCUGCACUCUGGCAAACUUCCGCAUUGAGAAGAAGAUUGGUCGGGGCCAGUUCAGUGAGGUCUAUAAAGCCACCUACCUGCUGGAGCGACAGCUGGUUGCACUCAAGAAAGUCCAGAUCUUUGAAAUGAUGGAUGCCAAGGCUCGUCAGGACUGCAUCAAAGAGAUCGACCUGCUGAAGCAGCUGAAUCACCCCAAUGUGAUCAAAUACCUCGACUCCUUCAUCGAAGACAAUGAGCUCAACAUUGUUCUGGAGCUGGCGGACGCUGGAGAUCUGUCCCAGAUGAUAAAGUACUUCAAGAAGAAGCAGCGGCUCAUCCCAGAGCGGACCAUAUGGAAGUAUUUCGUGCAGCUGUGCAGUGCUGUGGAGCACAUGCAUUCACGCAGAGUGAUGCACCGAGAUAUUAAACCAGCCAACGUGUUCAUAACAGCCACAGGGGAGGUGAAGCUGGGUGACCUGGGGUUAGGCCGCUUCUUCAGCUCUAAAACCACUGCAGCUCAUUCCUUAGUGGGGACUCCUUACUACAUGUCACCGGAGAGGAUCCAUGAGAACGGAUACAAUUUUAAAUCAGACAUCUGGUCCCUGGGAUGUCUCCUGUACGAGAUGGCGGCUCUGCAGAGUCCAUUUUAUGGGGACAAGAUGAACCUCCUCUCUCUCUGCCAGAAGAUCGAGCGGUGUGACUACCCUCCCCUCCCCCCCGACCACUACUCUGAGAAGCUGCGGAACCUGGUGAGCAUGUGCAUCAACCCGGACCCAGACCAGCGGCCGGACAUUGUCUUCGUGCUGCAGAUCGCCAAACAGAUCCACAUGUGGACUUCCAGCACCUGAGCGCCACCCGUGCUCCGAGCGGGCCUCUUCUCUGCUCAGUGUGAGGACCUGAAACCAGCGGACGUAAAGCUCCGCCCGGUCUGGCAGAACAGUGUUUGUUACCCUCGUCCCGACAGGAGGAAACGGUGAAAAGACUCGCACCGGUGGACGGUCUACUGUCAUGGAGGACGUGAAGAGAUGCGUUAGUGGUGCAGCACUGGAGGGAAGUUUAUGACACCACUCUGGUUGGUUUAAAGGGGUGACUGCACUGAUGGCCUGUUCUUCAGCUGAGGACAGAGAGCUGCAUCUCACCUCCACCACACAGGCUUUUCCUCCAUCACUCCACUGGGGUUGCAUUCCAUGUUCACGCUCUGUGUUUCAGGUGAAGUACGCAGUGGAGCUGGGAGAUUUGAAUAUUACUCAUCUAUCAUUUAUCAUUGUAAUCAUAUCAUACGUUGUUUUAUAAUUUAGGGGUCUAAAGGGACAAUUAGUAAAUACUUAUUAGCAAAUAGUCACAUGCCUCUGAGAGAGACUGCUCUGUCUAUAUGUUUACAUCAGUCUGGUGUGAUGCAGGUGAGUCAGCUUCACAUGAUACUGUACAUUUAUGUCAGUGUGUCGGUGGUGGGUGAACUUUUCUAGGCCCAGUAUCUAAAGAGCAUCUUUUCAUUUUCUCAUUAUACAGCUCAGCGCCUGUUUGCUCUGCUUGACGGCGUGAGCUCCAGCUUUUUCUCCAGCUUUUAGCAUUUUCCACAGCUUACAACCACCCCAUACAUAAAUGUAAUAUAUGCUUUUCCAUAUAUAAAAUAAAUGCACAUAUUUAAUAAAAACAUGUAUGUAAAAGCUAUAUAUAAAACUAUUCAUAUAUUGACAUAUAUGUUUAGCCCAUACAAUUAUGUGUAUGCAUGUUUAUGUCUGUAUGCUUAUAUUUCAGGCAUAUGUUACAUAGAUAUAUAUCCAUCCCAAAGUCUGUCAGUAUAUGUUCAUAUUAUAUACAGUAGGGUCCAAAAGUCUGAGACCACUGUCCCUGAAUGGAGAGAUCGACAUGUUUGAGAAAUUAAUAAGAAAUGUGUUUAGAGAAUUUUUAUAUGUAUGUUGUUUUAAUAAACCUGCAUAUUUUAAAUAAUAAAAAAUAAAAAUAAAAAUACUGUACAUUGUUAACAUAUAUGGUCACAAAAUGUGAUACCAUAUAAAAAAUCAUCAUAGAUAAUUUAAUAUAUGUACAUAUGCAAAUUUUACUAUGGGUAUUUCAUAUACUGUAUGUUAUAAACUUAUAUCUUCUAUCCAGAGGAUGUUUAUAUGUGAUAAUAAUAUAUCCGCUUGGGAGUGUCAUAUAUAGCCACGUCAAUCUUGAUAUAUAUAUAUAUAUAUAUAUAGGGACAUACAGUAUAUAUCAUAUAUUACAUUUCUGUGUGAGACAUGUCAUGAUCUCCAUUAGCAGAUGAAGUUUGCUCAGUUGUCAAUGACAACUAUCUCAACUGAGUAAACUAGUGUUCAUGUUGUCAUCUGUUUUAGAUUUAGUGUUAGUCCUAGACCUGAGAUCAAAACUCUCCGUGAGGUUCAGUCAUAUUUAGUCAACUUCAUCCUUUUUAGUCCGUUUUCAAUUUAAACUCUGGACGUUUUAGUUUUUCUGUCUUUAUAAGAUCAGUUGACAAAAAUGUUUAAGUCAAGACCAAGAAGAAGAUUAAAAAGAAUUUCAGUCAAACUUCAGCAAACUGCUUUCAAAUAAGAUUUGAUGCAAAUGAUUCUAUGCUAAAAGAAAAUGAAAGUGAAUAUAAGCCACUAAUUGACAGGUGUUGUUGUUAAGACCGGAGCUCUGCAGAGAGGACAGACUGCUCCGAGGUUUUUCAGUUUUCAUUUUUCAUCCAGACACUAAAGAGGAUAAAACAAUGAAGUCAACAAAGUUCCAACGCGACCAAAUCCAGUGCAACCCAACUCUUACAAUACAAGCCAAUCAGUGGUUUGAUCUUAGCUUCCUGUUUGAUGACACAAAGCCUUGACAAAAUAAAAGCCCUGUAAUAAAUCCUACACUCAUGAUA